CGCAAACGCUGGAUAAAUGGGCUGGAAGAGCAGAACAAAUCUGAGAGGAAUUAAAACUGAACUGUCUUCGCGUGGAGAAUCUGUUUGUUUAAGUUUAAGUGAAUAAUUCGUUCUCGCGCGAUCCAUUAAAUGACCAUUAAAAACACGCGCUUCUCUCCUUUAAUUUACAGAUGACCGAUUCAGCAACAAUGGCAGGCUCAGACAUGGUCUUUUCCGAUGUUGAAAGUUUUCUGGACGAGCACCCUGACUUACUAGAGGACUAUUUAAACAGAAAAGGGAAGCAAAGUAUGGUGCAAAAGUGGCUCAAGACCCACCAAGCAACCAAAACUCCGGCGAGCUCCAGCACGGAACCGGAGAAAGCGGCAAACGCCUGUAGGAAAGACAGCUGGGCGAGCAGAGGUGACGGGCUACAGAGACGAGCGUCGCAGAAAGAGCUGCGGAAAACAUUCGCCAGGUCCAAAGCCAUCAAUGCCAACAGGACUUACGAUGAGCACGUCAACUCCCGAGCCCAGGAGCCGUUGACCAGCAUGAGGAGACGCGCUCUGCUGCGUAAAGCCAGCUCGUUACCCCCGACCACCGCGCACAUCCUCUCCGCCCUGCUGGAGUCCCGGGUCAACAUCCCUCAGUACCCCUCCACCGCCGUAGACUACAAAUACUAUCUGAAAGAACACAGUGAGAGGGAGUUCUUUCUGGAGCUCGUCAAAGACAUCUCCAACGACUUGGAUUUGACCAGUCUCAUCUAUAAGAUUCUUGUGUUUGUAUGCAUCAUGGUGGAUGCGGACCGGUGCUCGCUGUUCCUGGUGGAGGGUCCGGCCAACAAGAAGACUCUGGUGUCCAAGUUCUUUGAUGUGCAUGCUGGGACAGCAGUGUUGCCCUCUCUGAGUAACUCGGAUGAGGUGCAGGUUCCCUGGGGAAAGGGAAUCAUUGGAUAUGUGGCUGAACAUGGGGAAACUGUCAACAUUCCCGAUGCAUAUCAGGACCAUCGUUUUAGUGAUGAGAUUGAUAAACUCACCGGCUAUAAGACCAAGUCUCUGCUGUGCAUGCCUAUCAGAAACAGUGAUGGAGAGGUCAUCGGGGUUGCACAGGCCAUCAACAAGAGCCCCAAUGGAGCACUCUUCACAGAAGAUGAUGAAAAGGUGUUGCAGAUGUACUUGCCCUUCUGCGGUAUCGCCAUCUCAAACGCCCAACUGUUCGCUGCCUCCCGGAAGGAGUAUGACAGGAGCAGGGCUCUUCUGGAAGUUGUGAACGAUCUGUUUGAAGAGCAAACCGAUUUGGAGAAGAUUGUGAGGAAGAUCAUGCAUCGAGCGCAGACCCUGCUGAAGUGUGAACGCUGCUCUGUCCAGUUGCUGGAGGACAUUGAAUCUCCGGUGGUGAAGUUCACCAAGUCCUUUGAGCUUCUGUCACCCAAGUGCAGCGCUGACAUGGAGAACAGCUUCAAGGACAGCUUGGAAAAAUCAUCCUAUUCUGAUUGGCUGAUUAAUAACAGUAUCGCUGAGCUUGUCGCCUCUACUGGACUGCCUGUAAAUAUCAGCGAUGCCUACCAAGACCCACGCUUUGAUGCUGAAGCAGAUCAGUUCUCAGGCUUCCACAUUAGAUCAGUCCUGUGCGUCCCCAUCUGGAACAGUAACCACCAAAUCAUAGGUGUAGCUCAAGUAUUGAACAGGUUAGAUGGAAAACCAUUUGAUGAUGCAGAUCAGAGGCUGUUUGAGGCAUUUGUGAUAUUCUGUGGACUGGGAAUCAAUAAUACCAUAAUGUACGACCAAGUGAAGAAGUCCUGGGCCAAACAGUCUGUCGCUCUCGAUGUGCUGUCAUAUCAUGCUACUUGCUCAAAGACUGAAGUGGAUAAGUUCAAGGCUGCGAACAUUCCUCUGGUGUGUGAACUGGGCAUUGAUAAACUCUCAUUUGAUGAUUUCUCUCUGGAUGUGGACGCCAUGGUCACUGCAGCUCUGCGAAUGUUUAUGGAGCUGGGAAUGGUGCAGAAAUUCAAGAUAGACUACGAGACUCUGUGUCGCUGGCUGUUGACAGUGAGGAAGAACUAUCGCAUGGUUCUGUAUCAUAACUGGAGACACGCAUUCAACGUCUGCCAGUGCAUGUUUUCAAUGCUGACUACGGCUGGGUUCCAGGAGACACUGACAGAGAUGGAGAUUCUGGCUCUGAUAGUGGGCUGCAUUUGCCAUGAUUUGGACCACAGAGGGACCAACAAUGCUUUCCAAGCCAAGACGGGUUCAGCUCUCUCUCUCCUAUACGGGACAUCAGCCACACUAGAACACCAUCACUUCAACCAUGCUGUUAUGAUCCUGCAGAGUGAGGGUCACAAUAUCUUCUCUAAUCUGUCCUCACAUGAGUAUGGAGAACUCAUGCAGCUCCUGAAACAAUCCAUACUGGCUACAGAUCUAACACUCUACUCUCAGAACAGAAAUUCCUUUUUUGAGCUGGUGAAGAAAGGUGAAUACAACUGGAAUGUGAAGGAACACAGAGAUAUGUGCAGGUCGAUGUUGAUGACAGCAUGUGAUUUGGGAGCUGUCACUAAACCCUGGGAGAUAUCAUGCAAGGUCGCAGAACUGGUGACGAGUGAGUUUUUUGAGCAGGGAGACAGAGAGCGAUCAGAGCUGAAACUUACUCCCUCGGCCAUUUUUGACCGAAACCGUAAAGAUGAGCUGCCGGGUUUACAGCUGGAGUGGAUUGACGGAAUCUGCGCACCACUGUAUGAGACUUUUGCCAAGUUAAACCCUAAACUACAGCCAAUGGUUGACCUGAUCAAGGCCAAUCGAGUAAAAUGGGAGGAGCUUCACCACAGGCACCAGCGCAGCCAGGAAACCACCAGUCCUGGUAGUCCAUGUAACGGGGAUGCCACCGCAACCAGCUGAAGCUGCACAGCCACAAGUGACAGCAAUCCUUUCCACUCCGUGAGCUAACUGUGGGACAAGUAUGCCAGAUUUUGCCACAUGCUUCUUUCUGACCCGCAGCUCUGCACACGGAAGGAGUUUUGACUUUUGCUGCACGCUUCUGACUGGCAGGCUUCGGGGCAUUCGCUCUCUGUGAGCACUUCAGGCAACUGCGACUGAGUUUGUGUCUAUCUCCACAGUGCAAAGACUGCACGAUUAGCUCGCAAUGACUUGUUUAUGUGGAGAAAACUUAGGGAUGUGUUCAGGCCCAGGGAGCUAACAGGCUGAAUUAGCUCAUUUAUGGCUAGCAUGCUAACAUAAAGAUUCUACCAUGUUAUUGGUUGAUUGGUUCUAUAAAUUACUUCCAGCAGGGACUCUUUAAGGAAGAUUGCUACUGUUUAAUGCAACCUGGUCUCAUAGGAUCACGUUACUGUAACUACAUGUUUACAAAAUAUGUUUUACGUGGGCUGUUGUAUGUAUCGCGACAUUUUCCUGGUGAAAUGGACACUAAAAGCGCUGCACCACCAAUUACUUUUAUUCACUUUCACACAAAUCACAAGAAAAUUGGCGGAUUAGCAGUUAUAAAUGUUUAUUUUUUGCACUGUUCCUCACACUGUGCUAUCUUAUGGCAUCAAAAAUGCUUUCAUUAUAGAGCAUAACUUGUAAGGUAAUAUAUUUUAACGUUUACAUUACUUAACCAAAUACAUUUACAAAUAUAUAUAGAAGCAGUCAAGUUGGACUUGGGUACGAGUCCUGGAGAGCAUGCGAGUUGACACGUGAGCCGAAAGUCUUAUCGAAACACCACAAAAUGUAGCUGUUUCAGCAAUUGCGUUUUUAUCUCACAUUUGUUGUGAACAUUUCACUCAGAACUGCGUGAUACUUGUAAUGAACCACAUACAUUUAUUUAGCAAAAAUGUUGCAAUAGUCACGUAAUUUUCAUGAGAUCAGGCUGGUUUAAUGGUAUUAUAGUGCAGUUUUCCUUUUGUAGCUUUGAUUACAUUGUUGAAUGAACACACUGGGACUCGAUUCUAUAUUGUGCGUAUUUCAUAUGAAGGAAUGACUAAUGCAGGUUUUGAAUGUACAGUAUGUUUUGCCUUUGUUGUUUUAGCUGAUAUAUUUCAAAAGGAUCAGGGGUUUACGGAGCCUCUGCGCUCUUGCCAAUGCUUUCAAUGCAAAUUCACUCCAGCACUCUUCUCUGUGCCUUGGUUAAAAGCACCCAUGAUAAUGCAUGAAGCCCAUCCCUGCAUCGUGAUUCUCUCUCCAGUUCAUAUUGUUUAUCAUGAGCGGUGCAGCCAUUAUGAUGUCUUAGCCCUGCUUGUUUUAUCAUCAUUCAGAACAUAGCGUGAGAGAUUGAUUCAUUAAGUUAGCGCUGUUCUUUACACUGUGUGUUUACUUAAUUACCUCAGACCAAAACAUAAUUCAUAUUAUUUAAAGGUGAAAUGUUUAAUUUCUGCACGACUAGCAUCACCAAACAGUAUCACAAAAAUAAUGAAAAUUCAGACUUUCUCUGCAUCUGCCAUUGGUUGGAAAACAGAUAGUCCUGCCCCAAACUCACGCCAUUGGUUGAGCCAGUGUAGAUGUGUCGGGGUGGUCGAGAUGCACAAACAAACAGAGCAAUGUUCUGAAUGCACAACAGUCCCACAGUGUUUACAUUUUACAGUCAGCAAAUGGCUUUUAUACACAUCCCCUUUAACUUUUAGUAAAUUCAAUUAAACUUCAGGCUCAUUUUGCCAGUCAACACAAAAAUGUUGUGAUAAAUCUGAAAACAUGUAUGUGCCUUUACGAAGUAAAAUCACGAGCUAAAUACACACACUAACAUAAUUUUUGUUCAGAAUUUCAUUGAAGGGAAAGCUGAACGUUUGACUGUUAAAUAAAUCCUCUCUCCAAUUUUGGUGAAUCACUCAAAAUCUGUCAAGAACAUAUUACAUUUCACGCCUUUAAAUUGAAAGGAAACAAGAACUUAGCCUAAAUUUUGCGUAAAGUACCAUUUAGGACUGUUAAGAUUUUUUUUUUUUUUUUUUUUUUUUUUUUGUGAAAUUGUGUUUUUAUGACAUGGACAUUUUCUGCCCAAAUUCUAAUUACAUGUUUUACAUCUUUUAAGUUUGUUUGUAAUUCUCAUUAUUCUCACUUAUGAUUCACAUUAGAUUAUCAUUACUGUUUUACACAAUUAUUAUAUAUUUCU